UAAUAAGUAUAGGGAAAGUUAUGUCUGACAACGCUAUGUCGCGAAAAUGUCAUUAUUCCAAAUUAUUGUAAUUGCUUACAUAGUAAAAAUAUUCAAUAUUGCUCUUUGUUAUUUGCUGGUGAACCCAGUUAAACAUCAUUUCUUGUAUUUUGCAUAUGGCAGUAAUUUGUUGAAAAGGAGAAUUCGAAUUAAUAACCCACAUGCAGAAUUUGUAGGCGUUGGACGCCUCGAUAAUUUCAGGCUAGACUUCGUACAUCACUACAAUUUAUGGGGAGGAUCGGUAGCUACUAUAGUGCCGAAUUUAAAAGAACACGUAUGGGGCGCUGUUUGGAGAAUGCAAUGUGAGGAAUUGCCGUCUCUCGAUAAGCAAGAAGGUGUUGACUUGAAACAAUAUGUACCAAAGCAAGUCUACAUAAAAUAUCAAGAUGGUAAACGGGCAAAAUGUCGAACAUAUCAACAUACCAUUGUCCCAACAGCUAGUUGUCCGUUGACAUCCCUUCCGCUAGAGAGAAGACCGUCACUAACAUAUAAACAAUGCAUUAUUCAUGGAGCCUAUGAAUGCAAUAUACCAAUAGAAUACAUCAGAAAGUUGGAAAGUAUCCCUACAAACGGUCAAUUAGCUAGUGAAACUCUCAGAAAGUAUUUGAGAUUAUAAGUAUAAAUUAUGUUAAUACAUAUUUUGUAAAUUAUUUAAUAAACCAAAACACUGCUUUGUAUUUUUAUAAAAUAAAAAGUAGCAGAAAUUUA